UGACGCCUGUGACCAGUGGUGAGAGAGGGCUGGACAAGAGACAGCAGGGGCUGAGUUGCGAGGUGCUGGCACAAGCAGAGGAGCCUUCACUUACGGAUAAAACCAGUUCAGCGAGGGUCUUUUUUUUUUAAAGUUGCAUUAAGUUGUAGAAAGUCCUUGAAAUCAUUGGUUGACACUGGAAUCUCGCUUGUUGCGGCGCAAAGGAUCAAAAGCAGCAAAUGUUCCCGGUCAGGCAGCCUUGGCUUUGCAAAGCCCUAGGUUGUUAUGAUUGCUGUAUCCGGUGCUUUGGGGCAGUGCCCUAUCCAUCCCUGGUCGCCACCUUACUGUGCUUUGCCGGCAUGGCUUUAUUUUGUGGCUGUGGGCACGAAGCACUGGCUCAGACCGAAGUCCUUGUCGAGACUUACUUCGCCCGCAACAUUCAGGACUAUGUGGUCAUGGCCUCAUUUAUUAAGUACUUCCAGUAUGUGAUCUAUGGCCUGGCAUCUUUCUUCUUUCUCUACGGCAUCCUGCUGCUGGCCGAGGGUUUCUACGCCACCAGUGCUGUAAAGCAGACCUUCGGCGAGUUUAGGAGCACAAGAUGCGGCCGCUGCCUGAGCCUGACGUUUAUUAUAGUGACAUACAUCUUAGCUGUCAUCUGGCUGGCAGUGUUUGCCUUCACUGCCAUCCCAGUAUUCUUCUUCUUCAACAUGGCACAGACCUGCCACAACAUCAACAUCCUGGCAGAGACAACGCCUAGCAUCAAUCAGCAUGGUUGGAUCUGCAUGGAUGCCAGGCAGUAUGGUCUCCUACCUUGGAAUGCAAUGCCAGGAAAGGCAUGUGGAAUGACCUUGGCAUCAAUCUGCAAAACCAGCGAAUUUCACGUCACCUAUGAUUUGUACAUAGCUGCAUUCGCUGGUGCUGGGAUUGCUCUCUUAGCUUUGUUUCUGUAUGUGGUAGCCACCACCUAUAACUAUGCAGUCCUUCGGUUCCUGGGCAGGAAAGGGUUACGCUGUUAAGCGCAGUGCCCUUUUGCCCAUCAACCCCUGGCCACUGGGUAUGAGAUGGACAGUCAACAAAUGCCAUGUUAAGUUCCAUCCAUCCAGUGUGAAACUGUGGCCCAAAACCUGGAUUGCCUGUUAAGUAUGUCCUUGGAAAUGUCAAGUAACUGACAAAUGCUCUUGUUCUGAUCUUUUGGUAUGAGCAACAGACACAGGGAUGAAUGAUAACCCAUUCACUGCAGCAAGUUCUGGCUUUCUCACCAAAUUUUACUCUCAGAUGACAUUAGAUGGUACCAACUGAUGCAGAUUGGUACCAUCAGUACCAAUCAGCAUCAGCUGGUACUGAUGCUGUUGUUUAAUUGGGACGUGUGUCAUUUCGAGAAUAACUAGGAGAUGACAGUGUCCCUCGUAAAUCAUAAUCGGCGCUUAUUGAUGCAUGUGUUGAUUUUGAAUAUGAUUUUGCCGCUGUCGCCUUAUAGCGAUCAUUUUAUGUAUCAAGCUCACAUGAACUAAGGCAAAUAAAGCUGACUGUGCAAAGGAUGAUAUCUAGGCUCUAGAUUUUCCUGAUUUCUUGGAAGUUAAUCGAAAGCACUGACGUCUUUGAUGGUGUAUUUAUGUUUCUGGUGUACCGUCACUUACAAUGCAUAUAGUUUGCAUUCACUCAUAGUGCAUUUUGUUUCUUUUAAAUACCACUGAGUUGGGGGGAAAAGGUAGAUAUGUAUUGAUUGUCUCGGAAGUGCUUUGGUUAUUGCUUACAAUAAGCUGUUUUCAUAUGCUUCAAGUAUUGACGCUCUCACAUGUAACAAUUCCCAGAUUCUUGUUGUUUGAAGUGUGGUCCUGCUAUUUAAUGAGCUGGGUUGUAUAGUGUAUGCUCUUUUGAAAUUAAGAGUUUGAUUAAAGCUUUUGAA